CACUGCACUCAGUCAGUUAGCAGAGAGCCUUCUGUUGUUGUUCCCCCCUUGUUGAAUUGAAGCUAUUCUUCAAGACUCUUUUCACUUGCUUCAUCAGACCUGUUCCCCCGUUGAGCAGACUCAGCUCCUUCAGACUGCCUUCUGUACCCAACUAGGAACUAUCGGAGCCCACUGUUCAACUCAAGGGGGUUUUUCGAGCCUGACUCUUGGACCUUUUAAAAGAAACAAUACUGAGAAAAGGACUUCAGUGUGUUAUUUUAAAUUGGAUUGUUCUGUGGUAUUUGUGGGAUUGGGAGAGAAGGUAAGAGGGCAUUUGACUGGUUUGGAUGGAGCACAGCGCAGAUUUUCCAGAGUUAAUGACUGAUUGGAGUGCAGUUAUCCUUCUAGACCUGUGACCGUCUUGUGGACUUUUUCCCUCGGAGCACGACCUUGGCUGAAGAAGUGAGGUGACGAUGGUGAUGAUGAUGGUGACCAUGGGGCUGUGGGGAUCGUUGCUCUUCCUCAGCCUGCUAACCGCCCAGGUGACCAGCAGCCUCGCCAGAACCGGCAAUGGCUACCCGCGCAUGAAGCUGUCAUACCAAGAGUUGCUGGCGUUCCAGGGGGUGAAGCGCUAUGAAAUGGACCGGUCCUGCUGCUUUAACACCAUGCUGCUAGAUGAGGAGAGAGGGAGGCUCUUCGUAGGGGCCAAGAACUACCUGCUGUCUCUGAGCCUGGACAACAUCAGCAAGCAGAAGCACAUGAUUUACUGGCCAGCUCCCGUGGACUGGAGGGAGGAAUGUAACUGGGCAGGCAAAGACAUCAACACAGACUGUGUGAAUUAUGUUAAAGUCCUGCACCACUACAAUCGGACACACCUGUAUGCCUGCGGGACAGGGGCUUUCCACCCCACCUGUGCCUUCGUGGAGGUGGGACAGAAGAUGGAGGACAGCGUGUUUCGGAUCGACCCCAACAAGGUAGAGGACGGCAAGGGGAAGAGUCCCUACGAUCCCAAGCACCAGGCUGCCUCAGUGCUCAUCGGGGAUGAGCUGUACUCCGGAGUGGCCACUGAUCUGAUGGGACGGGACUUCACCAUCUUCCGGAGUCUGGGACAGCGAAACUCCAUCCGGACGGAGCAGCACGACUCCCGCUGGCUCAACGAGCCGAAGUUCAUCAGUGCGUUCUGGGUCCCGGAGAGCGAGAACCCUGACGAUGAUAAGAUUUUCUUCUUCUUCCGUGAGACGGCGGUCGAGGGGCAGGGCCUGGGCAAAUCAACCUACUCCCGGAUUGGACAGCUGUGCAGGAAUGAUGUGGGCGGGCAGCGCAGUCUGGUCAACAAGUGGACUAGCUUCCUGAAGACUCGGCUCAUCUGCUCGGUCCCGGGCAGCGAUGGCAGCGACACGUACUUCGAUGAGCUCAGGGACGUUUUCCUGCUGCAGACAAAGUUGAAGCAAAAUGACUUGCUGACUCUCCUCUUUUUGCCCCCCUCUUACAGUAGCGUGUUCAAGGGCUCAGCUGUGUGUAUCUACACCAUGAACGACAUCCGCAGGGCUUUCCUGGGGCCCUUCGCACACAAGGAGGGGCCCAACUACCAGUGGAUGCCCUUCCAGGGCAAGGUGCCCUACCCUCGUCCUGGAAUGUGCCCGAGCAAGACGUUUGGGAGCUUCGAGUCGACGAAGGAGUUCCCUGACGACGUGAUCCAGUUUGCGCGGCACCACCCCCUCAUGUACAACCCCGUGUACCCGCUGAACCGGCGGCCCGUCUUCGUGCGCACCAACGUGGAGCACAGCUUCACCCAGAUUGCAGUGGACAGGGUGGCCGCCGCGGACGGGCAGUACGACGUCAUGUUCAUCGGCACAGACGUGGGCUCUGUGCUGAAGGUGAUCUCCGUUCCCAAGGAGAGCUGGAAGAACAUGGAGGAGCUGCUUCUGGAGGAGCUGCAGGUGUUCAAGGACGCGUCUCCCAUCGCCAACAUGCAGAUCUCCUCGAAACGGCAACAGCUGUACGUGGGCUCGGAGACGGGGCUGGCCCAGGUGCCCCUCCAUCGCUGCAGUAGCUAUGGGAAAGUGUGUGCAGAGUGCUGCCUGGCACGAGACCCCUACUGCGCCUGGGACGGGACGUCUUGCACCCGCUAUCUCCCCAACACAAAGCGGCGAUUCAGGCGUCAGGAUGUGAGAAAUGGAGACCCAAACACACUGUGCUCAGGAGACCACCACCAGCACAGAGUCACUGAGAAGAAGCUGUAUGGGGUGGAGGGCAGCAGCACCUUCCUGGAGUGCAUCCCCAAAUCCUUGCAGGCCCAGGUGACCUGGACCUUCCAGAGCCAGCCGGACAGCCGUCGAGACGAGGUUCACCCGGAUGAGCGGAUCAUCAAGACGGACAGGGGUCUGCUGCUGAGGACUGUGCAGAGGAAUGACGCAGGAGAGUACCAGUGCCACUCCAUGGAGCACGGCUUCACCCAGACCCUGCUGCGCAUCUCCCUGGAGAUGGUCUCCUCGGGCCAAGCUGACGGGUACACCCCCAAAGACCAGCUGGACCCCCGCGGCGCCUCCCUCUCCUCCAGCCAGAAGGUCUGGUAUCGCGACUUCAUGCAGCUGGUGGACCACCCCAACCUCAAGACCGUCGACCAGAUCUGCGAGCAAGUGUGGAAGCGCAAGAACCGGCAGCCGAAGCUGCUCCAGCCUCCCAAGAAGCCAGCCCCUCCCCCCCUGGGGGUCCACGUCAACCCCAGCAAGUGGAAACACCUGCAGGAGAUCCGAAAGGCACGUAACCGCAGAACCCACGAGACCCAACACCCAGAACGGGCCCCCAGGAGCGCCACCACCUGGUGAUGGGAGGGAGAGAAAAAAAGAGAGAAAUAGAACGAGAGACUGAGGAGGCACGUAAUAGAAGAGGGAGGUGGCGUGAAAAGGGUGUAGCCCUCAAAGUUAUCCUUUUCAUUGAUUUUCAUUUCAAUUUUACCCCCUCCCCCACCAACAGCACCCCCAUAGAGGUGGGCAAUGGACUGCCCUUAAACCCACCACUGGUCAUUUAAGCCCGUUUAUAUCCAAAGGUUGCAGCAACCAAAGCUAUGUAUUUCAAAGUAGCCUCUGGUUCUGGCAAAAUUCUUCCAAAGUUCUUCCAUUGGUCCUGCCAAUAAGAGAACUGGGAUUACCCAACUCAUCACCCAUGGACCUGAUCAUGUUCCUUCCCUGAAGCCUGGCCUCUGACACACUUCUCCCCAGCCCCUUCUGUUCUGCUCUGGUUUCUGACUGUUCAAUAUUAUUGCCUGCCAGGACACUCCAUUCCUGGGUCAACUCCCAGCACGAUGAUCCAGGAACAAAUUAGUUUCCUAAUGCCCAGUAGCAUGAGAUUCAGGGCUUACACCUUUGGAACUGAUGUCAAUGUCACACAGUUGUGCUGCAUGAAAAGACACGAGUUACAAGGAUUAUGUUGUUUUUUAGGCCAACGGGACAAAUCUUAGUAUUAUAUCUUGUUAGUAUACAAAAAACCUUGGAUGAAACUGGAAUCACUUACAACCAAGAAUCAACUCUGGAGGUCAUGGGUGUCUGAGAGAAUUGAAUUAAUAGUCAUACAGUUUGGGACCUCCGUCCAUUUUCAACCAUGACCAGGGCAUUAUUCUGAAGACCACAGAACUAUGAUUCCUGAGGACCACAUCAUAAUGGGAGAGCACACAACAUGUCCUUCAUAACGUGAUGACAUCUUUCAGGUACCUUUGAACAACACAUCACAGAGACCACUGCCUCAUCCGUUAUCAAUAGAUGACAUCAUUCAUUUCACAACGAUUAUGACAUCACUUACAAUAGGGACAAUGGCAUAUUUGAUUACUGAGGUGAUGCCAUGGCCCAUGGUGGAGCACAUGACACUAUCACGGAGAGCAUGAAAUCACUCGUCUUGGGCACAAUGGUACUGCAGUGUCUGUACUGUACUUGAGACACAUUGCUUUUGUCUGGGAUCCUUGUAGGAUUAUCCAUGUCACAAAACGCGGGACUGCACACUGAACAACUGAAAUGGGGAGGGGGAGAAUGGACUUUCCUUUAGAAUCUAGAAGAUUGAAAAUGUAAUCUUUUCUUUUAGGUACUGUACUGUGGGUCCUCAAAACACCAGCCAGUAGAUGGAUCCCUUUUUUUAUUUGUUUAUUUUUAACUAUUGUGCUCUUCGGCUUCCAGUUCUGGCUCAACCACUUCAGGCAAGCUUGACCACUAUUAGUCAUUCCAGUUCACAAAACCUCUUCAGCAAGAAACUUGGAGGACUGGCUUUAAGUACAGCACUGACAAAUGUAUUUGUUGUUGCUUCACUCUAUUGCUCCUCCUUAGCAAGAUGGAGGCUAGACAUAUGCCUACUGUGAUGUUUGUUAUUGUACAGUGUGUGACUCCAAGGAGUAGAUUAGUGUGCCCUUGUCUUUGUGGUCCAUGCACGGUAGUUAUUUUGGCUGGUUUGGUAAAGGUUUUGUAUUUAUGUCUAUACAGAGUGUGCAAAAAGAUUGAUUAAGACUCCAAAAAAUAAACUUUGGAUCAAAAAUAUUACAAACGGUAAGAUGUAUUCCUUUAAGUGGUAUUUCUGUAGUUUGUAAUAAAGUACCAUGAAAGCACCUUCUAUUGUCAUGUAAGCCAAGAAUAUACACUGGCCAUGCAUUAUCAGGUGACAGACCAAUGCUUGUCCUAAUACUUGGUGCUUACGUCCAAGUUCUUGCUAAUGAGGUUUCAAUGCAUCUAGACAGCUUCUGACAAGGUGCAAAGCAAUGUAUCCGAAAAGGAGUUCAUGUUUUUUAUUUCAUGUUUUUAUUGAGUUACUUUGUAUUUUUGUAUUUAAUUUUUUGUAAAGGAGAGAUGAGCUGUUGUUUCUGUAUUCUGUAUUAUUAAUGAAACCUGAACUCUUUUUCUGCUGUUGCUAGCACUGACGAAUGUAUAGACAAGAAGGAAAGACAAGACACCUUGAAAUAUUUAUGUUAAGCAUUAAAGUUGUAUUUAAAAAAGUAAUAAUAAUAAAAAGAUAGCAAACAACAGGUGGGCUAGACAAUGUGCUUUUAAAGGUUGGUAUCGAUUGGUCUGGGAGGUAAGAACAGGUGUUUGAACAGCGAUAUCUUCUGCAAUUUAAAAAUGAGUAAUACUGAAUUUCUCAGCUUUUUUGUAGUGUUGCUGCAAUUGAGUUGCUGUAUUUCUUUAAUAAGCACUUGUGUUUAAAUAUAUACUGUAGAUACUGUGUCUUCCAAAGAGCAUCUGGAACAAUAAAUGAAGACCCCGCAUUCAGUUGUGCUGCUCUGUCAGGUUUCGCAGUGUCACUUACAUUGCCUGUACAGAUAUCUCAUCCUCAACCUGGGAUGAUCACAUAUUAUUGAGGGUAUUUGUUAAGGAAUACACGGUAGUCAAUUUGUCAUUUUUCUAACUGGCAGUCGAGUGAAAUCAGUUUGAACGCACGGUGAUCGCGCACUUCGAACCGGAUUAUUCAGCAGAUAUUGUUAGUCCCUUACACAUCGAAGGAGUGCCACACCCCUGCCCUCUUUGUGGGUGAUAUCUCAUGUUCACUGAUUGUUGUGUAUCACUGUAAUGCAUGGCAGGCUCCCCCCAGACAUCAAUAAACAACAGAUAUCAAUAUACUGUUAUUAAAAGAAAAUCCAGACAGGCAAGUGUCUUUAGAUGUUACGACACCAUUUCAAAAUGUUUGGCUAAAGCUGGGUUUUAAGCAUGGCUACAAUUAAAGGCAAAGGUCAAAAUUCACUGUGGCGCACAAUACAGGACGAGUUCCUGUGGAGAAACGUUUCAGAUCAAACGUAUUAAAUUAACACAAUAAAAUAAAGUUACUUACUUUGCACUGCU